UGUGUGUUGGAAAAAAUCGCUUGCUCUGUUCGGAUUUUUUUUCAUUUCGAUCAAUUGAAUAUUUUGGCCCGAAUUUUCUAUUUUGGAUUUUAAAUUAAUUUCGGUGAUAAAUUUACUUGUUGAGAAUGUUUCAUGAAUUUUAUAUUUUAUUGUUUACAACCUGAUCGAUCGAUAAAUCAACAGUAGCAUUCGAUCCCAACAGACCAUCGGUUGGGGACAUUUUUGUCCGCCAAAAAAAAACAAGAAUUGCCUGAUCUAAUGAUGGCCCAACGUGAGCGUUGGUAUUUUACAAAAGAUGAGCUUGAGAAUAGUCCAUCGAGAAGAUUUGGAAUCGAUGCCGAAAAAGAACUUUCAUAUCGACAACAAGCAGCUAAUUUAAUACAAGAUAUGGGCCAAAAAUUGAAAGUAAAUCAACUAGUGAUCAAUACGGCCAUCGUUUAUAUGCACAGAUUUUAUACACAACAUUCGUUCACUCGGUUCCAUCGUAAUUCCAUUGCUUCUUGUGCAUUAUUUCUUGCAGCCAAAGUCGAAGAACAACAUCGAAAACUUGAACAUGUCAUCAAAGUUGCACAGAUAUGUUUGUAUAGAGAAAAUCUUGAUCCACGAAGUGAGCAAUUUCAGGCAUUGGCCGCCGAACUGGUACAUCAUGAGAAUCUAAUGUUAAGAACGCUUGGUUUUGACCUCAGUGUACAGCAUCCUCACACAUAUGUAGUCAAUUGUUUUGAUCUUGUUCGAGCCAAUAAAGAUUUGGCUCAAGCAUCAUACAUAAUGGCAACAAACAGCCUGCAUUUGACAACGAUGUGUUUGCAAUAUAAACCAACCGUGGUCGCCUGUAUCUGUGUAUAUUUUGUUUGUAAAUGGGCAUCUUUCGAGCUUUCAAGAUCGAUCGAAGGUCGUGAUUGGUGGUCAUAUGUUGAUCCUAAUGUCACACAAGAAAUGCUCGAAGAAUUAACUGGAGAAUUUUUGUCGAUAUUGAAAAAAUGUCCAUCACGAUUAAAAAAGAUUUUAUCAUCAAGUCGUUUGAAUCCAAUUAUACCUAAUAGUCCAUCAAUGAAACCAACCGAGCAUAAGCGAUCGAAUGAAAACCAACAACACAACAGCAUCAGUGGGAAUAGACCUCAACAGUAUCAUCCACAUCAUCAUCAAAAUUCCUCCAUAUCGUCGGCACAGAAAAUGUCACCCAAAGAUCCAAAAUUCUCAUCACAUGCCAAUAAUGUUCGAUCAUCUAAACCAUCAAUACCAUUAUCGGGUAAUUAUGGUCAAUCUAAUACCACUGGUGUUGAUCAUCACCAAUCACAUCAUCAUCAUCACCAUCAUCAUCAUUCUCAUCAUCAACAUAAUUCUGAACAACCAAUACAUCACCAUGGUACCAAACAAUCACAAUCAAUUGUGACAUCAAAACAGCAGCAACAGCAUUCAUUUGCAAACUCAUCCUCCAAAUCUACUGCUGCUGCAAAGAAUCCUGCCUUAUUAGAAUCGUCUUCAUCAUUAACAUUGGAAAAAAUGAAGAAAGAAUCGUUGCAAAAUGAUAAUAAUAACAAUAAUAAUAAUAAUCAUCAUAUUAAUAGUAAUGUUCCAAAUUUAAAAUCCAAUCUAUCUGUGAUAUCCUCCUCAAGCAACAUCAACAACAACAACAACAAUAAUAAUAAUAGACUUUCAGGCAGUAACAAUCUCAACAAUAACAACAACAAUAAUGAAGUCAUAAACCAUAGUAACAAUAAUUCUUUUAACAAUGAUCCAAUAUUUCAAAUUGAUUCAAUGUUUUCACCUGGAUCGGAAUAUUCCGAUUAUUCACAAACAAAAAAAGAUUCAUUUGCUGAUUUUAAAAUGGAAUUCUCUGAUAAUGAAGAUUCAACGAAUGCAUUCAAUUAUUCAUUACCUGGUCUUGGCUCAUCAUUGAUGAUGAUGAACGAUUCGAAUGAGGAUUCGAAAUCAAAUAUUUCAAAUUCAUUAGAAUUUUCCAACACUAUUAAUCAUAAAUCUUCUAAUAAUAAUAAUAUAAGUCAUCCCACAACAGCUAUGGGAAGCAAUACUGAUUUAAAAUCAUCAUCGUCAUUACCUAUGUUUAAUGAAUUAGCAUCGAAUACAAAUACCAAUCAUCAUCAUAAUCCAACGCCAUCAUUAUCACAAUCAUCUUCAAUGUCCAAUUUUUUACCAAACAAAGAUAACGAAUCAGAGCAAUUGGAGGAAAAAUCUAUGCCUCAAUCAACGAACAAGUCAAUGUUGAAUAUGGCAUCGAAAAUUCCAAUUGUACCAACAACGAAUCAAGUGAAUACAUUAGAUUCGAUUCUAGGUUCGCUCACCAGCAAUAGUAACAAUAACAACAUGAGCAAUAUUGAUUCGAAAUUAUUGCCAUCACAACCGUCUAUUGGAUCUAAUCAACCAUCAUCGACAGCAGCAUUACCACAAGCAACUGCUGCAUUUAAUCAAUUGAUAAAUGAUACCUAUCAUUCAUCACAGCCACCAUUAUCAUCCACAUCAGGCAUCAAUAGUCUAUUAAUGGAUGAUGAAUUAUCAAAACAAUCAUCAUCAUCCUUUACACAAAAGCAUCACCAUAAAGAGAAACAUAAACAUCAUAAAGAUAAACAUAAACAUAAAGAAAAACAUCAUAAACAUAAACAUAAAAAAGAUCUUACAUUUACAAUACAGUCACACAACCAGUAA